AUGCCUGCUGUCAACGUCACCCUCAAGGACGGAGCCUCCCCCGACCAGCUCGAGCAGGCCAAGAAGAAGGUCCAGGACCAGGGCGGCAAGAUCACGAACGAGUUCACCCUCAUCAAGGGCUUCACUGCCGAGUUCCCCGAGGACAAGGUGGGCGCCCUCGAGACCAACGAGCACAUCACCGUAGAGGCAGACUCCGAGGUCAAGACUCAGUAGAUGCACCCAGUGUAAGCGACAGCGCUACGAAUAGACGGAUACACCAUGCCGCGUCAAGCAUGUAUGCAUCAUUAGCACC